AUGGCGAACAAUAAAUUACCAACCAAUAAAGAUGUUGCAAAACUUCUUAAAAUUUCACGAGUUCACAAUACAGAUAAAUGUAUGGCAAAAUGGUUACGGGCAAUUGACAGAUAUAGAGAAGCAUCCAAUUAUGAAAAAUCUUUUGAAAGCAUAUCUAAAGCUGAAAGUAUUCACAACUGUUAUGCUUCUCUUGCACGAUAUUUAAAAGAACAUUCAACAAUUAAGCCAUGCAACAUAUGGGAUUCCUAUAAAUUUGGAAAGGCCUUACGAAUCUUAGAUGGUAAAAUGAAAAAGCUUCAAAAGAAAGGAUUAGGAGAAACUGAUCAGUCUGCUGCAUUUACGGUAGAUGAAAUUUUUCAAAUUUUAGAUCAUGAAUCAAUAUCUGGAAAUGAUAAUGAAAGUUUAGUUCGACGUGUAUUUUUUUGGCUUUCACUACUUUGUGGUUUACGAGGUGGUGAUACAGCCAAAUUAAAAGUGAGUGAUAUAAGUCGUCAACCUCAUGGUGGAUUGUUUCUUGUACUUAUGCAUGAAAAAAAUAAUCAAUGUGGUGCCUUGAAGCGUAACAAAUAUGGAAAGUCAGCUGCAAGAAAAUUACCGAUCCCUCCUGAUAAUUCAAAUAACUGUUUCAAACCUGUUUAUGAUAUUUUAAAAAUGAUUUCUCUCCAUUCUCUUAAUGCUGAUGAUGCGUUAUUUUUAGAAACCUGUAGAGCUAAAAAAGGCAUUUCUAUGGGUGAAAAAAAAUUGGGAACUAUGAUGUCGCAAAUUGCAGAUCUUACUAAAAUCAACUUAGACAAUGGACGCAAAAUUACUAAUCAUUCGUUACGUCGAACAGCAAUUCAAAGACUUAAGGAUUUAAAUAUUCCAGAGGAUGAGCGAAUGGAAUUCUCAGGACAUAGAAGUCGUGAAGGAAUAAAGGCUUACAAUAACUCAAAUGAAGAUCAAAAGAUUCAGAAUACAGCUUUAUUAAUUCCACUCGAUUAUGAAGAUUUGCCAUAUGAAGAAUUUAACUAUUUUCCUGGUAACGGCAUAAAUUAUUUAAAUUUCGAGGAUAAUCCUGAAAUUUAUGAUGAUUCGAGUAAUUCAUCAUCUAUCCUACCAUCAGCAAGAUCGAAUUAUGACAAAAGAUCAACCUUCAGAUCCCGUAUUCCAAGAUUAUCAAGCCAUCGGUCUCCUUUAAAAUCUGUCUCUAAUCAAGCAGCACCAUAUUAUAUACCAACUUUUCAUGAUAUCAAAAAACUUCAUGAAUCUUCAUUUGAUUCUAAUAAUAAGCAGGAAAUACAUUACCAUUUUCAUUAUCAUUUGUAA